AUGGAAGCCCAAAACGUACUUCACUAUCCUCAGGCCAUUAACAGCUCCGUUGCAAUUGGCAAUGGCGCAGCCGCAUAUAUUCAUAUCUUAUCUGGUUCCUUCAAAUCACUGUCGCUCUUUUUGCUCGCCUUCUCACCUUCGAAAAGGUCCCUUGCGCACCUGGCAACUAUACCUGCCUACGGACCCCAUCAAUAUUUGUGCACCAACAGAGAGAAAGAUCAUGUGUACACGACGAGCUGGGCACUUCCUCCUUCUCUAUCCAGCUGGCAUAUAGAGCGGAGUGAAACAGAACCCUGGAAGGUGAAGCACAUAAAUACAGUGCCAAUCACGGCUACCUCUUCGUAUAUCACAAUUCCCCAACCUUAUACUCAUGCAUAUUCUGUGGGAGGGCCUACUGGAGAAUCCCACAGUAUUGACGCUACAACUGGAGCUCUUAUCAACAAGACGCAGGAGAUACUUUUCGUACCAGAAGAUCAGCUAGAAGCAGCCGAUAAGACAAGGGUGGCUCUGCGUUAUGGGUCCCAUGGGAUCGAGUUUACGCCCUCCGGUCAAUAUGCGUUUGUCCCUGUACUUGGAACCAAUUCUAUCGAAAUGUACACCCGAGAUCCAGCAAGUGGACAGUUAGAGCAUAUAACCUCUGUACCAUCUCCUCGCGGGUUAGCUUAUAAGGAUGGUCCGAGGCAUGUCAAAAUUCAUCCCAACGGCAAGGUGCUAUACUCAAUCACUGAGCAUUCAAACUUGGUCGAUGCAUAUCGUAUUUUGCCUAAUGAUCUUGAGCAUAUGAGCUCCCGCUCUCUUUUACCCACAGAUGCACCUGUUAUCCCGACCACACAUUCAGAGGACCACUUCCGUGGAGAUACACUGAUGUUCCCUCCAUCAACGCCUUCCAAACCUGCCCCGACAGUUUUGAUCACUACCACACGAGGGUCUAAUUCUCGGUUGCGCGGCUGGCUAAGCGUGUUUCCUCUCGAUGCUGAUGGAGAUUUUACGUCCGUCCCAGAAGAUGUGUCCAGCGAAAACGCACGCCAAGCAGAACGGUUCCAAACCCCGACGUCAGGUGGAAGAGCCAAUGCAAUUGAUAUUAUUUCGAAGGACAAUAAUGACCCUAACUCAGGCCUGUGGAUUCUUCUAACGGACGAAGACGACUUCACAGUGUCUCCUUCAGGAACUGGUGCAGUUAGAGUUCUUGAGUGGGAUGGGUGGGGCAAGGGUGGCAUCAAGAUUGUUGAUGAAUGGCCUACCGCUAAAGAUGCUGAUGGUGAAUAUAGAAUAAAAGGGGCGAGCCAUGCUAUAUGGUUGGAUUAG